GUACUUUGUGAAUUUUUUUAUUAGAUUACAUAUUCAUCGUCCUCAUUAGAGUUUCUGUGUUUUUAUUAUUAUUAUUUUUUUCUUAAAUCUUCUCCGUCUGUAAAGCCUCUGAGCAUCCCUCAUCGUCCUCUCUCUAAUUGCCUCUCUUUCUCUCUGCAAUCUUCGGCACCGAACAGAUUGAUCUCUCUCUCUCUCUCUCUCUCUCUCUCUCUCUCUCUCUCUCUCUCUCUGUUCGAGUCUCCGUCUUUCCACGGUCCCGUUGCGAGGUUCUUCAAAGCGACGACUAAGAAAUUUCGAUCUUCGGAAGGCUUCAGCGAUUUCGAUUCUCGGUCUCGGUUUUUUUUGGGUGCUACCUACGGACAAAUUUGAUUUCUCUUUGUGCAAACGAUACGAGUCGUGAAAGGUACAGCUUUAAUAACGUCGAUUCGAAUUGGGAUAGAACCGAUUUCAUAACUGUACACUUGAGCUGAAAAAGUUGAAUUGGAAGAAGGUGUGGACGGUUAGAGUGAAUAGUAGGGUGAAAGAUGCUUCAGAUCCGUCUUAGGAGGGUUCCAUCCUCAGAAGGUGCUGGUGCUGGUGCUGGUGCUGGAGUGGCAAAACCCGUGCCAGUAGAGACUGUGACGGUUGCAUGUCCUGACCACCUUGUCCUUGCUGAUCUGCCUGUAGCAAAGGGCAUUGGUGCAGCAACUGCUGCUUCCCUUGUCAAGACUGUAGGUCGAAGGUCCCGGCGUCAGCUUGGCGAACGCGUCCACUUUUGUGUUCGCUGUGAUUUUCCGAUUGCUAUAUAUGGACGAUUGAGUCCCUGUGAGCAUGCCUUUUGUCUGGAUUGUGCUAGGAGUGAUUCAAUCUGCUUUCUUUGUGAUGAUCGGAUUCAGAAGAUUCAGACUAUCAAACUGAUGGAGGGGAUCUUCAUCUGUGCAGCCCCUCACUGCCUCAAGUCUUUCCUAAAGAAGACUGAGUUUGAAUCUCACAUCCAUGAGAGCCAUGCUGACCUUCUUCAGCCAAAUGCCGAGAAAGAAGAUAAUAAUGAAUCAGAAGCUCAGAGUGCCAAACAAUCUACACCUGAUUCCACUGUCCGAGCGCCACUUAGGCCAGUCUUUUCCCCCAGUUCAAACUCUCAGCUUCAUGAUAGGGAAGAUAAAGCUCGUCGUCAGCAGACAAGAGAACAAUCACUUCCAAGGCCAUUAAUACAGACCAAACCACCUCAAGGAUUUGGGCAGGCGCAGAAUAACCCAUCAGAGUCCCAACUAGACAGCCGAUCCCAAGGAUUUGAAAGACCUGGUCCCCACAACCUUUUCCAACAACAAAGCUUUGACUCCCUUGGCACUCCAAAGCAGGAACCUGGCCAGUAUUCAGACAAGCAACAGGGAAUUUUAUCUGACAGUCCCUUUGCUGAGUAUCCACCCAUGCAUUCCAUUCAGCCACCUAAUUACAUGGUUCCAGUUAAUUCUAACCAAAUGAUGAAUCCCUCCCUUCCAUUUGGUUAUCCUCCUUUCCCAGUUGAUGGACCUCAACCAUAUUAUGGGGCUCCCUUUGAAAUGGCCCGUCAGGAUUCAGCACAAGAAGUAGGAUCAGAACAGGGGUCUUUGUUGGGUUUUCCACCAGGUCCUGCAGGCAAUAUGAAUUUCCCAGCUAAUUAUCCUCAGCCAUGGAAUGCAGGACAAGCUGGUAUGCCUUUUGAACCUCCACAAGGGGGUCAAGGAGUUCAAGAUGGUUUCACAAACACGCCAGAUUCUCAAGGCAAAGUGCCAUUUUAUCAAGGAGAAUUUGGACGGAAUCCUGGAGGUUUGGCUAUAAAUAUCCCCCCACCUUCAGCCAACAAGCCAAUGGAACCAUCGCCUGGGGGUAAUGCUAUGGAUCCCAGGGAUGGGAAAGGUAUAUUAGCUCCACAGCCCAUGCCACUCCCUCCGCCUCCACCGUUGCCACCUCACCUAUCUCAGAACAAACGCAAGUAUUAUUCCGGCGAUAUGGGUCGAGAUGGACAGGGCUUUGGAUGGCAGCAUGAGAACCGCGAAAAUUUUGGAACUGGCCAAGACUAGAAAAGAUUUGGUCUUUGAUGUAAUUUUUUUUCCUUGUGUUCAUAUUAUCCUUAAUUUUUUUUUUUUUUCACAGAUACGGUGAUCAAAAUUAGCUUAUGGUCUUCCCUUUAAAGUAUCUUCUUUUUCUCUC